AUGAUCGCGGGCCCAAUUAAAAGGGAUAAUCUCGGAUGGAACCAGUUCAAGUGCAUAGUGCUUUUGAACCUUUUGUUCAGCUUUCCGGUCAUCACAAAAGCCCAAAGUCGUGCCCCGCGGAUAAAGGAGCAUCCAGCGGAUACAAUUGUGGGCAGAAGUGAACCUGCUACUCUGCGGUGCGUCUCUGAAGGUAAACCGAAGCCGACGAUCCAGUGGUAUAAGGAUGGAUCCCCUCUGGCACCUACUGACCAUCCCCACAGGGUUCUUCUUGAAGACGGACUGCUGUUUCUUAGGGUUAUGCGAGGCAAGAAGGAAAAUGAUGAGGGUGUGUACUGGUGCGUCGCACGCAAUUCUGUCGGCGAAGCGGUCAGUAAGAACGCCACGCUUACUAUUGCCGUUCUACGAGACGACUUUAGAACAGAACCUCGAGAUGUCAAAGUAGCAAGUGGUGAACCCGCCACACUUGAGUGCUCUUCUCCUAAAGGCGUCCCUGAGCCAGGCGUACACUGGACUAAGGACGGACAAACUUUAGAUGCAGAAGUUAACGGGAGGAUUAUGGUAGGAAAUAGUGGUGAUUUAAAAAUACUAGAAAGUCUUCCAACCGAUAGUGGUGUAUAUAGAUGUAUAGCUUCUAAUGUAGCUGGAGAGAGACAAUCACGUCCUGCGACAUUACUCGUGUUACGACGACCACAUUUUCUAGUGAAACCUAAUAACAUAACGGCACUUAUAGGCCAGAACGUCGAAUUUCACUGUCAGGCAUCACCAGAAUCAGAUGUUUCAGUAACUUGGUCUCGUGACAGCGGUGCAUUAUCACCAUAUGCGAUCAUUCGCCGAGGUUCUUUAAGAAUUGAUCGGGUUGUAGCUACCGAUGCUGGCGCUUACACAUGUCGAGCAGAAAGUCAGGCAGGGACCAGUGUGGCCAGUGCUAUGCUUACUGUUCAUUCUCUACCUCAUUUUACACGGGUACCUUCAGACCAAACAGCGUGGGAAGGUGAGGCGGUUUCCUUCCCAUGUGAAGCAGAAGGUUCACCGCAACCAAUAGUUUUUUGGACUAUGGAAGGAUCUCAGGAGCUAGUAUUUCCGAAAACUACUCACGGUACUGGGUCACUAUAUUUGGAUAGGGUUUCAACGCAACAUGCUGGUCGACUUACUUGUGUAGCUGUCAGUGCAGCUGGCAGCGCGUUACACACAGCGACUUUACAGGUGUUAAGGAGAGAGGCAAAUUCUUUUAAUGCAGAUUUAGAAUCAUCGUCUCCCUACCCAGAGUUGACUAAAUCGCAGAAUCAUCCACCAAUGACCCAGUAUGAACUGGUGCAGGCUCGUCGAUAUCUACAGCAAGACGUUUUGGCCCUAAGAAGAGUUGAAGGAACAUCAGCGACAACCCUUAAAAUUGUUUGGGAUGUUCUAACAGAUUACAACGAAUAUUUAGAAGGAGUAAAAAUAUGGUUUAAUGGGACAUCCUUAAACAAACAAUAUGUUUUCGUAGAAGAUUAUGAGCAUUUUAAUGUAUCUUACAAAGAAAGUUUACUCGAAUUCAAGAAAUUCGAAAACUUUUCAAUGACUACGGUUCACAAUAGUGGCUCAUCUAGUCAUGUUCUAACCGGUCUACUGCCAUAUGCUCAAUAUAAUGUGUUCCUAAUGCCGUUUUAUAAGUUGUUGUUAGGUAAACCUUCUAAUAUGAGGAGUGGCGUUACUGAAGAGGAUUUUCCAUCGGAACCACCGCAAAGUGUCACUGCUGGAGUGAUAAAUGCAACGUCUGCAUGGAUUCGAUGGGAUCCGCCGCCCCCGCAUACAUGGAACGGAGAACUCUCUGGAUAUUUGAUUGAAGUUCGGGUGGGUGGAAGUACCGGAGGUCGAGUAGUAGGUCAAAUGUCUUUGGGCGCACGUACUCGUGCAGCAGCGGCAAGUUCACUGCGCGCGGGAGGAAGGUAUAGCGCUCGGGCCGCUGCUGUUACGCGACGUGGUCACGGUCCCUUCAGUGCACCUGCUCAAAUACACAUGCUACCGACGCUAUCUCAACGACACUAUGUGCAAACGGAACCAGCAACAGAUAAAGCAAUAGUGUCUAUUUUCCAUGAAACUUGGCUGCUAGCAUUGUGCCUAACUUUGCUUCUAUUAAUUUUAGUUGGGACUGGCAUUAUUGUUUAUAUUCGAAUAAAACAAACGAAGCAAAGGAAAAAUCAAAACACAACUGGCACAGCAAUAGUCAACGCUCAGCAGUGUCUUUUAGGUAAAGAGGCAGUUUGGUUAAGAGAAAGGCCAGUAUUUGAAGGUUCUAAUGAACCUCGAAUCGAAAUUUUAAACUGCCACCAGAGCCUUUUGCACGGUGGUCAUUCUAUAGGUACUAUGGCUAUGGAAGCAGAGUACAGUCUUCCGCAACAUACGAAUGUUAUGAAUCCAAUACAUGAAGAGAUGCAAAGAAGAAUACAGCCCGAGCCAUAUGCAUCUAGUGCAAUUUAUACUGAAUUAAAUUAUCAGGGCCACACAGACGCAGAAGACUCAUGUAUGAAAUGUGCCGUUAGUCCUGGAUCUUAUGACAACAGCAUGGUCAGAUCAUUCGGAGAUAGUAAUCAAUAUUCCAAUGAAGAAUGUUCAACUUGCUGUAGGAGCAGCAGCUCCACAUUGACAAAGGACUACAGCGAAAUGACAAAAUGUGGUAACGACGACGAAAUGCAAGAAAUGUCAAUAGAAGAUUGCCCAUCUUGCAAAACAAACCAUUCGAGAUCUUCAAGCCAUCACGAAGCUAACAAAGAAUGGGCUAUGGCUGAAGUAGAAUACGAUUAUCCUCAGUGGCAUUGGCUGGGACGAGAAAAUACUUUUCGACAAAAUAAUCAGGAGGUGCGAUAUGCAAGUGAAGGACGGAGUGAUCAAGAUUGUAGAAUGAAUUUAUGUGAUAUCUUACCUCCACCACCUUACGAAAGAGAAUCUCCAUAUCGCGAAAUGCAUGCAUUCACCAAUCACUCAGGGACUUCAGGUUGUUCAGGACAUACGUAUCGAAGUUAA